GUAGCGCAUUGUCGUCCUCCUAAUUGGUAGGUAUUAUCUCCGUUCUGUAGCCGAUGUUAGCUUGACUCUUGACCUCACCAUUUGAGCCACCGAGGUAUAUGACUCUCGCCUGCCUACUGCGCGGAAACAUCAUCGACCGAAUCCCUACCAGCCCUCAUGGCGCACUUUACCAGAGCGACCCUGGCUUCCUGACACUCGCUUCACUUGUUGAAUUCCCAUUUGGAAGCAGCACCCGGCAGCUGGUUUUCAUUCUCUAGGCAACACGCAAGUGCGCUCCGGUUUCAACACCUAAGCUGGAAUGUCGACCUCGACUUCUUCCUCGUUGAACGAGAAGGCGAAAGACGAGGAGUGGCGCCUGAAUGAUCAAGAGGUGGCGGUCCAGAGUACGAAGCAGUAUGAGCCUAUUGUGACCGAGCCGCGGGAGGCUGUGGAGACCGAGAAGGACUUGGAGGCGAAUAUGGAACGGCGCAGUACCCGAGGCGGCCUGUCGCGACUACAGAGCGGCACCAGCGGAGUCUCAGAGUUCAGCGACGAGCUAUCCGACACGAAAAGCCAUGCGAGCGCAAAGAAGAAGUGGUACAAGAAGGCGAACCCGCUCAGAUGGGGCCGCAAACCGCCCGUCCCAGAGACCAGAGAGGUCUGCCCGGAGUAUCGUGCGGGGAUAUUGAGCCGGAUCACUUUCCAAUGGAUGGCACCCCUCAUGACUGUUGGAUACAAGCGCCCUCUCGAGCACAACGAUCUCUGGACGGUGAAUCCAGAUCGAAGCGCAGCUGUUCUCGCCGAAAGGCUUCAGACCUCUUUCAAGAGGCGGAGAGAACUAGGUGGACAGCGACCACUUCUCGGAGCUCUCUUUGACACGUUCAAGUGGGAAUUCAUCAUUGGCGGUCUAUGCCAGCUUCUCGGCAGCAUUAUCCAAUCCGUUGCGCCGUUCGUCCUACGAUACCUCAUCAACUUCGCGCUCAAAGCCUAUAUCUCUCAGCAUACCGGCCUGCCGGCACCGAACAUUGGAGAAGGCAUUGGCUUGGUCAUCGGUAUUACCGCGAUGCAGUUCACGCAAAGCAUGGCAACGAACCACUUCAUGUACCGAGGCAUGAUGGUUGGCGGCCAAGCAAGGGCAGUCCUGAUAUCUGUCAUAUUCGACAAAGCCAUGAAGCUCUCUGGUCGCGCCAAAGCAGGCGGAAAAGCAGUCGUUGAAGCACCACCUCCGGAGGUCAAGCCUGGCAGCGAAGCGGAGAAGAAGUGGUACAAGAAGAUAUUGAAGAAGAAGCAGAAGGAAGUACAGAAGAGUCAGCAGGGCGUGUCUGGGGAUGGACAGGGCUGGGGCAACGGCAGGAUCAUCAAUCUGAUGUCGACUGAUACGUACCGCGUCGACCAAGCGAGCGGCUUCUUCCACAUGAUCUGGUGUUCUCCGAUCGCAAUCCUCGUCACAAUAGCUCUGCUCCUCGUCAAUCUGACCUAUAGCGCCCUUCCUGGUCUUGGACUUCUCAUAAUUACAAUGCCAUUGCUAGGGCGAGCAGUCCGUUCUCUCUUCCGCCGAAGGAUGGCUAUCAACAAAACGACUGAUCAACGUGUCGGCUUGACGCAGGAAAUCCUUCAAGCCGUACGCUUUGUCAAAUACUUCGGAUGGGAGACCGCUUUUCUCGAGCGCAUCGAUGCCAUCAGGAGGCGGGAAAUCCACGGCGUCCAGAUUCUGCUCGCUAUUCGAAACGGUAUUCUGGCUGUUGGCAUGUCGAUGCCCGUUUUCGCGUCCAUGUUGUCGUUCAUCACAUACUCGCUUACCGACCACGGGCUGAAUCCCGCGCCCAUAUUCUCGUCUCUCGCCUUGUUCAAUUCGCUUCGUCUUCCUCUCAACUUCCUCCCGCUCGUCAUCGGCCAGGUUAUCGACGCCAAUGCUUCGGUCAAGAGAAUCCAAGAGUUCCUACUGGCGGAAGAAGCUCAAGAGGAUACAAAGUGGGACUACAAUGCGCAGGACGCUGUGGUGUUGAAGAAUGCGGAGUUCACUUGGGAGCGCCACCCCACGCGCGAAGAUGAAGACGCCCCUACGAAGGGGUCCGGCGGAGGCCCUCCCGGAAAGAAGCCUGGGAAAGACAAGAAGACGAAGAAGGACAAGCGAGCGAGCAUUCAGUCUGCGAAGGGAAAUGCCAGUCCUACGCCCCCAGGCACUGCGGAGAAAGCAGAAGAGGAGGAGCAGCCGUUCGAAAUGAAAGAUUUGGAUCUCUCCGUCGGGAGAAGCGAGCUGCUUGCUGUCAUUGGCAGUGUUGGUUCCGGAAAAAGCUCAUUGCUCGCUGCCUUGGCGGGCGACAUGAGAAAGACAAAGGGCGAGGUGACGAUUGGAGCUUCACGAGCCUUUUGCCCUCAAUACGCCUGGAUCCAGAAUGCGAGCGUCAAGGAGAACAUUGUAUUUGGCAAAGAGUUCAAGCAGGACUGGUACAACAAGGUCAUCGAUGCCUGUGCGCUUCGGCCAGAUCUCGAGAUGCUUCCCAAUGGCGACAAGACCGAAAUCGGCGAACGAGGCAUUACUGUGUCGGGCGGUCAAAAACAGCGCAUGAAUAUCGCUCGUGCCAUCUAUUUCGAUGCCGAUAUUGUCCUCAUGGAUGAUCCUCUUUCUGCUGUGGACGCGCACGUUGGCCGCCAUAUCAUGGACAAUGCCAUUUGCGGACUGCUCAAGGACAAGUGCCGCAUUCUCGCCACCCAUCAGCUUCAUGUCCUAAGCCGGUGCGACAGGAUCGUCUGGAUCGAAGGAGGCCGCAUCCAAGCUAUAGACACGUUUGACAACCUAAUGGCGCACAACGAAGACUUCCAGCAGCUCAUGACCAUGACAGCAUCAGAAGAGAAGAAGGAAGAGGAGGAGGAAGUCAACGAGGACGAAGUCGAAGAUGAGAAGAAGAUGCAGAAGAAGACGAGAAAGAGAAAGCCUGCUGUGGCGCUCAUGCAGGAAGAAGACCGCGCCGUCAAGAGUGUGUCGUGGGGUGUCUGGCUUGCCUACCUGAGAGCUGGAGGUGGACUUUGGGUCGGCCCGCUUGUCAUACUCCUCCUCAUCCUCUCCCAAGGAGCCAACAUUGCGACGAGUUUGUGGCUCUCAUGGUGGACCUCCAACAAGUUCGGAUACGGCGAAGCAACCUACAUCGGUGUUUACGCAGCACUCGGAGCUUCGCAGGCUUUGAUGAUGUUUGCCUUCUCUAUCGCCGUUUCCGUCUUCGGCACUGAGGCUGGCAAGGUGAUGCUCCAUCGUGCCAUUAACCGCGUCCUUCGCGCUCCGAUGUCCUUCUUCGAUACCACGCCUCUCGGCCGUAUCACGAACCGCUUCUCGAAGGAUAUCGAUGUCAUGGACAACACGCUGACGGACGCAAUCCGUAUGUACUUCAUGACACUGGCCAUGAUUAUAUCCGUCUUCAUCCUCAUCAUCGCCUAUUACUAUUACUACGCCAUCGCCCUGGGUCCUCUCUUUCUCGUCUUCAUGUUCUCCGCUGCGUACUACAGAGCAUCUGCCCGCGAGGUCAAGCGGCACGAGUCGGUCCUCCGUAGCAGUGUCUUCGCCCGCUUCAGUGAGGCAGUCAUGGGAACACCGACGAUCCGUGCCUAUCGACUUCAGGAUCAGUUUUCUCGUAGUGUCCGCGACGCUAUCGACGACAUGAAUAGCGCAUACUACCUGACAUUUGCGAAUCAGCGUUGGCUCAGCAUCCGCCUGGACGUCAUCGGCAUUCUCCUUGUCUUCACGACCGGCAUCCUGGUGGUUACCUCUCGAUUCUCCGUCAACCCGAGUAUUGCAGGACUGGUGCUCUCGUACAUUCUCACGAUCGUCCAGAUGAUCCAAUUCACGGUGCGACAGCUCGCCGAGGUUGAGAACAACAUGAACGCGACAGAGCGCAUCCAUCAUUACGGCACGAUGCUGGAGGAGGAGGCGCCUCUCCACAUGGGUGAAGUCAGGAAGACGUGGCCAGAACACGGCGAGAUCGUCUUCGACAAGGUCCAGAUGCGCUACAGGGAUGGACUGCCGCUGGUUCUCAAAGGGCUCAACAUGCACGUUGCAGCAGGCGAGCGCAUUGGCGUGGUUGGUCGGACGGGAGCCGGCAAGUCCAGCAUCAUGAGCACCCUCUUCCGCUUGGUGGAGCUUUCCGGAGGGACCAUCACCAUUGACGGCGUCGACAUUAGCAAGAUUGGUCUCCACGACCUGCGCUCCAAGCUCGCCAUUAUUCCCCAAGAUCCGACUCUGUUCAAGGGCACAGUGCGCUCCAACCUAGAUCCGUUCAACGAGCACUCGGACCUUGAACUAUGGGGUGCGCUACGGCAAGCGGACCUAGUCUCCAACGAUGCGUCCAUGGACGACAAGUCGGGCCGCAUCCACCUAGACUCGGUAGUUGAAGAGGAAGGUCUGAACUUCUCGCUAGGGCAGCGCCAGCUCAUGGCGCUUGCGCGGGCGCUAGUGCGCGGGUCCCAAAUCAUCGUAUGCGACGAGGCAACAUCGUCGGUCGACUUCGAGACGGACCAGAAGAUCCAGAAGACGAUCGUGGACGGGUUCAAGGGCAAGACGCUGCUGUGCAUCGCGCACCGGCUGAAGACGAUUAUCGGCUACGACCGCAUUUGCGUCAUGGACGCGGGCCAAAUCGCGGAGCUCGACACGCCGAUGAGGCUGUACGACGCAGGUGGGAUUUUCAGGAGCAUGUGCGAUAGGAGCGGGAUUCGCAGGGACGACUUCCUUCAUCAGGGUUGAAAAAGUUUGGGUUCUGGUACAUGUAAUAUCUAAUGGCGCAUUUGCGCAGGGUCAUAGAUUGGAGCGGCGGCAUCAUACCUUUGGGCGUUUACACAUGGCGGGGUUUCUUUUCCUCUCCACAUAUACACAGUAGGGACUCGGCAGAGCGCUGGAUGGCAGUUGCACGUCUUUACGGAGCACUGUGUAAGAGCAUUGAGCGAGCAUUUGCAUUCUCAUCUCGGCCUGGCGCACAGAUGGCUAGUCUAUGCAGCGAAAAGCAAGUCUGAAUUUUACAUACGAG